GCGAACCGCGUCUGUGGGCGGCCAUUCCGAGGAUCUUCAUUCUGCGCGCAAAUUCCUACUGUGUGGAUACAUUCGUUCAACGAUGAGUGAUAUCGUUCGCGUUCCUAAGCCCUACGACGAUGACCAUUGGGACGAGCGUCCGCGAUGCAUUCAGCAGUGUGGUACACCGGAAGAGUCCGAGAUCGAGCCCUCCCAUGUGUUGAGCUUCGGAGCUUCAUCUUUUACAGAGGAGAGCGACUCGGAAACAUUCGAAUCUUCGGAGGUCUCUUUCAGCUCCAGAGACUAUAGGUCCAGCUCUGGCGGAGAGGACUGUCAAAGCAACUUAUCCGGUCGUUUCGUGGACUCUAUGUCCGUCAUCGAAGUCCUACUUUCGAAUGUGGAUGUCUCCGGAUUCCCGCACUACUCGAACCCGGACUUGGCUCAGCGUUUGGUUUCGCAGUCCGUUGUAUUGGCACCAGGCAGCAGAUUCUUCCGACAUGGUCGAUACGCGCUCUUGGAUGAAGAAGCGUUGACUGCGAGCUUCGCGACCGCGGUCUGUUUGAAACUCAACAAGCUGCUCCCGAGGGAAGACCCCGUGGCGGAGCUCAAUCUCUCGAAGAUGUCCAACGAAGCUUUAGGCUCGCUGCUCCAAUGUCUCCGGCGUUUCGUCUCGAGAGAAGACUUUGAACAUUCUCGAAGUUUGGAAUGGGUCGAGCAAAAUGACGAGAGUAAAGAAGACGGCUCCAGGUCUCCGAAGCGCUUGUGGAAGUCCUCGGAUAAGGGUGCGAGAUACGACCUGGCCCUAUCAGACGGAUGAUACGUACUUUAGGGCUUCCUGUUAGUGAAUUUCCAUGUGUGAUGCAUGACGCCCUAAUGCUGGCCCCCGAGUAUUUUACCGAUUGUUGUCGAAGUUGAUGAUUGACUAGGAGGGCCAUUGUACGCGCAAUGUGUGAGAAUUGAUAAGCCCUAUAAUUUAAGAUAAUUAUUUUGAGUCUCUUAGUUUUUGAGCAUUUUCCAGCUCCCCCCCCCCAGUCAUAUUUUACCCGGUACGAAUGAGAACUAAAAUAAAAGCUAUGCCGAGGGAAA